AUACUGUCGCAAGGAAUGGAAAAAAACCGACCCCUUUUUCCUUUCACUACCAGCAUGCAUAACUUCACAGUGAUGGUUUUUUCCUGCUAGUUUUUUCGUGCAACCGAGUGCUUAUAAAAUGCAGUAUGCGGAAAUUCCUUUCAGCAAAUUUUCAGUAUCACGAAACAAAUUUAAAGGAAAUACACGAAACAAUGCAUGUAAAAAAUUGAACAAAUUAAUGGAAUUCGUGCGCAAACAAACAAGCGGUCCACUUCCCAAUGCACGAUUUUCGUGUCACAGCUGCAUGUUGAUGAUGGAAAUGUUCCGGAUGGGAUUAUUGAAAUUCAUUUUCUCUAGAAAAGAAGCUUCGUUCUCUGGUGAAACUUGUUUUUUUUUCGGGAUCAUGUUGCAAAAAAUUGGUGAAAAAGUGGAGACCUUUUCGUUUAUGUCAUUGCGCGCAAAAAAUAGGUCAUAUUAGUUGAAUUUUACGCCAAAAUACGCCAUUGUUGGUGAUGAACAACAAAGGCGAAUAAUUGCUUCUGCAGUUUGAUGUUAGGAUUCUUGACAGCUGUGCUACCACAAAACAGAUUUAUGACCAAUUAUUCAAGAAAUCGGUGAACUUUGAUUGUUUGUGACUUAACGCGAAAAUCGUGAUGAUAUGAUUGCUGGUCGAUUAUUUCCUAAAUAUUUGAAGAAAUUGAUGAGACAUUUAUUCUCUCGCUUCUAUUAUACAGAAAUAUUUUCAGUCAUGUCUCCAGGUACUCGUGGGUUCUUCCUCCUCAUUUCUAUGCUCGUCGUGCUUUCCGGCGUUUGUUUGGUGUCGAUUUCCGCGGACAAAAGACCCAGCAGAGAACCCGUCCCCGCUCGUCACGGGCCUCGGAAACCCGUCAGGAACGCGUCGAAAAGUGCGGCAGAAAGCGACGUCCGGGCUCGCGGCUCCGUCACUUUCAACAAAGACCUCGAGUCCGUCGUCAUAGAAAGCUCUGCCUUUGGAGACCCGACGAGCGACGGUCAGUCAGAGCCGCUGCCGCCGUCGACGCCGCCCAUCACAAUCGACACUGUCGCUCCGCCGGGUUUCCCUGCGUUGACGACGACGUCGAGACCCGUGACUCAGACGACGACGCAUCACGGGUACGGGUUUCAUUAUAAACCCGGGUCCGCGGUUUACACGAUACCGGGUAACCUGGAAGACGGGUUGACGAUCGCGGCGAAACCCGUGGUGAAUGGGCACAAGUCCCAGUUUUCGACGGUGGUGAGAACCCAGCCUUCGGCGUUGCCCCACGACAAUUGGGGUUCUUUCAAGGCCUCGACUGUCAGUCGGGUCGUCGUGGCGCCACCGAGUACGAGAAUCCCAGUCGCCGAGAACUUGGUAAGCAGAGACGUGACAUCGGGGGACAACGAAAUCGCGUCGGGUUCGGGCCCCGCCGUCAAGGACCCCUCGUCCUCCAAGAACCCCUUGAACCCCAGAAAGGAAAAGUUUCCGACAGCAUCGGGCGUCGGCGAAGCCUUUGAGAACUUCAAGUCCGUUUCUAAGGAGCCACAGACUUCGGCUUCAGAGAAACAGCUUUCUUCGGCGAUAGAAAACGCGGAUUUCGUUUUGCGUCAGCAUUCCAAGAAAAGCGGCUGA